AUGUUAUGUAAUAUUUUCUUAUCAUCUACUAGCCAUAGGUUUUAUAACACUCAUCAUGAUAAAUUUAUUCGCCCUUCAAGAGAUCUGUUCAAAUAUAUGAAUAAAACUGGAUUCAUGACUCCUCUUUCCAGUUUCUCAUCAGACUGCGUUGUUACAAAUGAGCAACAAAAGGUUGAGCGACUUUCAGCCUUUGGAACAUACGUUGGUGAGUGUUUGCCCAAAUUUGUUCAAAAAGUACAAAUGGGUCAUACUAAGGAAAUUGAGAUUUGUAUUCAUCCUGACGGAAUUGUUCCUGUUCUUUCAUUCUUAAAAUGUUUACAAUCUUCUUUCUUGAGGUAUAAUUCUCGAAUUCGUGUUCUGACCUACACUGACGAACUUACACCGAUUGACUCAUCGUGUUGCGUUUUUCAAGCGUCGAACUGGUUUGAACGAGAAGUAUGGGAUAUGUAUGGUGUUUUCUUCUAUGACCAUCCUGAUCUUCGCCGAAUCCUUACCGACUAUGGUUUUCAGGGUCAUCCUCAACGGAAAGAUUUUCCUCUUACUGGAUACACUGAGAUGAGAUUUGAUAGUGAAUACAGUCGUGUAGUCAUUGAGCCUGUUGAACUGGCCCAAGAAUUCAGAAGGUUUGAGUUUAACAGUCCUUGGGAAACGUUUCCAGCUUUUCGAGAUCCUGGCUCACAUGAUAAGAAUGUACUUGAAGCACCCAAAACUGAAACAAAGCCCGAGAAUUCAACACCAAAACUAAACUCUGAAUAA